AUGCCUCUGCUGCAAUUACCGCCAGAAUUAUUUCUACAGAUUGCGAGGAUCUUGGAAACAACAAGAGAUAUCAACUCUUUGUCUCAAGCAAAUAAAAACCUUCAUUCUCUUCUCAAUCCAUUCCUCUACGCGCUGGAUGCCCGAGCGUCAAAUGCCGCUUUGCUUUGGGGCGCUAAAUGGGGAAACGAGGAUACAGUCCGACAGUGUUUGAAAAUGGGGGCCAAGGUUGAUGUGAUGGAACGAGGCCGGACUCCAUUAUCCUGGUCUGCAGAGCACGGGCACGAGGCGGUAGUGAAGCUAUUGCUUGAGACAGAGAGGGUGGAUCCCGAUUCAAAACGAUUUGAUGAUCGCACACCUCUAUCUUUUGCUGCGGAGCACGACCGCGAGGAAGUGAUUAAGCUAUUACUUGAGACAGGCAGGGUACAUGUGGACACAAAGGACGCUGACCUAUGGACACCAUUGCGCUGGGCUGCGAACUCUGGAAGUGAGAGGGCGGUGAAGUUACUGCUCAAGACAGGCCAAGCGAAUGUGGACUCAAGAGACUACUGCCGCGAGACACCCUUGUCUUGGGCUGCACAUAAGGGACAUAAAGCGAUAGUGAAGCUAUUGCUUGAAAUAGGACAGGCGGAUGUGCGCUCAGAGGUCUACGAUGAUCGUAGUAUGCCUCUACGCUCGGCAGCACAAGAAGGAUACAAAGCGGUUAAGAAGCUAUUGCUUCAGACUGGGCGGGUGGAUUUGAAUCUUGGCGACUCCGAAGGAUGGACACUGUCAUCCCUAGUCACCCUCGAUGCAUGUGAAGUGAUCAUGAAGCUACUCCUUGAGACAGACCGGGUAGCCGCGAAUUCGAGGGAUAUAUCAUUUUCUUGGGCUGCAAGAUAUGGCCAUGAGGCAGUGGUGAAAUUAUUACUGGAGACGGGUCAGAUUGGCGUGGACCCGAAGGACUCUACAUGUUAUAUGCCAUUGUCACUGGCUGCGAAGUAUGGAUAUGAAGCGGUGGUGAAUCUAUUACUUGGGACUUGGCUGCGAAGCGUGUAUAUGAAUACACCUCGAAACACGGCGAAUCCGGGUCAAGCUUUUGGAUCCUGA